AUGCCGGGAGACAGCGAAACAGCCAAGCCGGAGAAGCGUGACCGGGAGGAGGCGGAGCCUGUGCCAGCUGCCGUGGUAGCGGGCGCGGCGGACACCCCGGCGCCCGCGGCGAAGAAGCUCAAGCCUGAUGACGCGGCCGCCACGGAGACCCCAGCGGUUGCUGCUGCUGAUGCCGCAGCCCCUGCCGAUGCCGAUGCUGCCGCGCCUGCGGAGCCCGCCAAGCGCAGUACCCGCACAACCCGGAUGACUGGCGCCAUGAUCAUCGUCCUUUUGGGCAAUGAUGCCCUGCCGGCGUACCCUCGGCGCUUCGCUUGGAGCGCAUCGAUCUUCGUGGAGUUCGACAAGAAGGAGGCCGCCGAAAAGGCUAUCGCCCGUUCGGAGGACUACUUCUACGAAGGAGAACCCAUCGCGGUGAGACCGGCGAGGAGCGACGAAGAGCGUGCUGCCGCUCACACCGCGCCAGCUCCUGAGCCCCUUGUCUACGAGGCUGGGAAGAUCAUUCACAUCGCUGGCAUCCCCGAGUCUGGAGUAUCGCGUGAGAGCCUUAAGAACGCCGUUGAGAGCUUCGGGACGGCUUUGUACGUCGACUUUUCCUUCGGGGGGCGCGAAGCCUGGAUUAGGAUGCAGAACCCGGCGGAAGCCGCAGCGACGGUGUCGGGUGCGAAGGAGACAGACGGGCUAACGCUAGCGGCGGAGGUGGAGGACAAGGGAACGGUGUCGCUGGUGGAGGGGGCCGAAGAGAAAGAUUACUACGACCGCAUGGAAAAGAUGAGGGCAGAGCGGCUGAACCGUGGCAGGGGUCGCGGACGAGGCAGGGGAAAGGGCCGCGGGAGGGGGGGGCGUGGACGAGGGCGUGGGCGUGGUGGCGGUGGCGAUGGUGGCGGAGACUGAAAUCAGACCACAGGAGCAAAGUAUCGCAUUGCAGUGUAGUCAGACAGCAGAAAGAAAGUGUCGUGUGUGGCAGGGUGGUGGGGGAGACUCAAUGGGGCCACAGACAGAAAAUGUCGCGCAACAGAUAGGCGUGGACGGCAGCAGUGUUGAAGCAACAAAUAUAUGCAGCGUAUUUAGUGGUGUAUUCGUGAGGGAGGUUGUGGGGGGGGGGUUCACGCAGCGAGGUAAGGCGUUGGGCGAUGUGGCGGAACUUUUUAUCAGGACUGGAUGGCCUUGCGACUGCGAUGCUGUUGUAACUUGGAAGUCUCGUGACUCUGAUGGUAUUUGUGUGAGUCUUUUGCACGCGAUUUUUUCUUGGCGUUUGGUGUCGUGUGUGCCUUGUAGCUUGUGGCUGCCUCUGCGGCAGGGUUCUCUCGCCCGAUCCUUUUCUCACGCGUGGGAGGGUAAGGAUAAGACCAUUGCGGGAUGUCGUGGACAUUGUCACACUGCGGCUGGUUAUAGGCCGAAAGCUUUUCCAACUGUUGGAAAACAACAACUAUUGGUCGCGAUCAGGCGAGAGGUGGGAAUGGAUGGGUCGGGAAAAUUGCGGCAAGAUUGUGAAGAAAAGAACAAAUUCGACCAGGAGCGGGACAAUGGAUAGAGACGCAAUUGAUCCAAGUAUGGUGGGGAGAAAUUUAGCGGCUCGAACCAAGGCGUUUUAUGUUUGGGAGAGGUAAGAGUAAGGCGUGUGUGCGGGAGGGGGCGUUGUUAGGACUUCCAUCGUGCUGCUGAUGUGUUCUAAGAUUUAAGUACCCUAAACA